AUGACCAAGCGCACAAAGAAGGUCGGUGUCACUUACGGUGCCUCCCUGCGUAAGCAGGUAAAGAAGAUGGAAAUCACUCAGCACGCCAAGUACACCUGCACCUUCUGCGGCAAGGUCACCGUCCGCCGCCAGGCUGUCGGUAUCUGGGACUGCAAGGGCUGCAAGCGCGUUGUCGCUGGUGGUGCCUACACCGUCUCCACUCCUGCCGCCGCUGCCACCCGCUCGACGCUCCGCCGUCUCCGGGAGAUCGCUGAGGUCUAA